GGGGCAUUGCCACAUGACUGUCUUGACUUACAAUGACGCUAUUUUGUAGACAAAUUAAGAGGGUAUUUAAACUCGAGGACAGGCCCAGUCAGAAUAAUCAACUGGUAGAAGGCCAUUAAGUCAUUAAGAUGAAUCCGAAACUUCUAAUACUCAUCUGCGUCAUUGUCCUCACAUCUGCCUUAUCUAAGAAAGGUGGUAAAAAGGGUAAUAAAAAUGAUAAAGAUAAGUUCUUUAAGAAUUUUGUGGAUGUCCUUGAUAAUGAGCUUGAUGUGAUCCUUGAUGAAAUGUGUACUGGUAUUGAAGAUGGGACAAUGAAAAACACCGACGACGCAUAUAAUGAUGUGUUUAAAAUGAUUGAUCCAAUAUGUGACGAUUUAGAGGCCUACAUGGAAGGACAAGACGCAGAAGCGGAAAAAGUUGAAAAUGAAGGCGAUGUUGCUGAAUAUGCAAAAAAAGGUGGCAAAAAAGGUAAAAAGGAAGAUGCAAAGCACAUUCUACAUGGAUUUUGUAGGAAAUUGAAACAUGAACAGGCAAAUGGUUUUCCCGAGGACACUCCACAAGAGUUAUUGGACAUCUAUAGUGAAAUGGAUCCCGUUUGUGUUGAAGUACAUAAUAUAGAAAGAGGAGGUCCUGAAACAGGCCUUGUACAUAUAUGUAAAGGUCUAGCAGAUGGUAAAUUUCAAAACUCAAACCCAAAAUAUGACGACUUGUUUACCAGAAUGGACCCAAUUUGUGUCAAACUUCUUGAUUACGUUGAGAAGACAGAAGAUGGUCCUCCUCCCAAUGAUGAGAAAAAUGGUAAAAAUAAUGGGGAGACUGAUCAUAGUGCCGUGGUGAAGCUUCUACAAUUCUGCUGGCGCCAUGAGGAUACAAUGGAACAAGGACUUCCCAAAAAUAUGGCAAAAAAACUAAAGAAAGUCUUAACUGACAUAGUUCCUAUUUGUGACGACGCUAUGGUCAUAUCCGAAGGAGGGAAACCUAAGUGGAGUUUUAACUAUUUGUGUGAAGGUCUUAUGUCAGGUGAAGUAAAAAACACCGACUCUAGAUUUAAGAAGGUGUUUAAAUUACUGAAGCCUGUUUGUAAUACAUAUUUAAAGCAAAGAACCCAAUUUGGAGAGAAUAACAGUAAUACUUCCGUCAAAGCAAAGAAGGGUAACAAGAAAGGUGGCAACAAUAAGGCUGUGACGAUUCUCCUAUCAUUUUGUGACUCUGUGGUUAUGGUACACACGCAAGAAGUUCCUGUAGAUAUGCCAGUUCAUGUCAUACAAAUGGUUGAAGACAUAAAACCUAUCUGUAAACUUGCUGUGAAGAUUGCAUCAAAAAUAGCUGAAUAAUAGCAUGGAUAAUGGGUAGUUACAGUUACGUAAUGGACAAGUUAAUAAACAGUUGAACGUUGAAGAUUUUGUGAAAUGAUUUGAAAUGUACCUCUAGUUUUAGGUUUAAAUUUGGAUUAUGUAGCCAAAAAUCAUCACUUAAAAUAAAGAAAAAGCCUUGUUACUGAAUCUAACAUUACUUGUCUAUGACUUGAAUUAAAAAUAUUUUUCCAUGAAACAGAAUUAUUGACUUUGAAUGGUUUAUGAUAGUUAGUUACGUAUCUGUAUUGACACAUUGCUUAUUAAAAUAAAACUAUACGUUUUCAUUCUA